AUGGUCGGAGUCACAGCAGACAACCUCGCCGUCAAUGACGGCCCCCUCACCUCAGAGAACGCAGCCUUCUUGCGUCCCUCCGAACCAACUCUCCCUAUCGAGGAACUCCGCAAGCGCUUCGAAAAAGACGGUUACCUCUUUCUGAAGCAGGUACUCCCUCGCGCUGAUGUCCUCGAAGCUCGUAAUCAAUACUUCUCGUCUCUACAAGCAACCGGCGUCCUCAAGCCCGGCACGGCCCCCGUGGAUGGUAUUUUCGAUCCGGCAAAGAACCACUUGGAGUAUCCCGGCAUUGGAGCCGGCCAUGUGGAUGGGAAUGGAAAGCCUGGUGGUGAUCAGGCGGCUCAAUUUGUUGAUCUCGCGCUAGACGCUCAUUAUCAGGAAUGGUAUGCGGAAAGGUUCUGUCAUCAUCCGGCACUGUAUGAAUUCAUUGCGCAGUUCUCUGGGUGGGGGAAGAACACGCUUAAUUUGCGUCGCACGUUGCUUAGAAACAAUAUUCCUGGAUCAAAGCCUAUUGGUGUUCACUACGAUCAGAUCUUCCUGCGGUAUGGUGAUCCCACCAGCAUUACAGCCUGGGUCCCAAUGGGAGAUAUCAAGCUCAACGGCGGUGGUCUGAUUUAUCUCGAGGAUGGUGACAGCAUCGGCAUCGAGAUGGAGCAAGCAUUCUUCACCAAGGCCAAACAAGCUGGUCUCUCGGACGAGGAGGCCAAGUCGGCUUUCAACUCCAACAUGAUGGCAACAGGGCUUCUUUCCGAGACCCCGGCUCAGUUCGCUCUCGAUCACGGUCGAAAAUGGCUGGUGUCGGCCUAUGAGGCGGGUGAUGUGGUACUGCACAAGCCUCAUAUGAUUCAUGCAUCGACUAUCAACAAUGAUCCUCAUAACGUCAUUCGUCUCGCGACUGAUUUGCGGUUCUGUGAUUCUUCGAAGCCUUAUGACAAGCGAUGGAUGAACCACUAUACCUUCAACGAUGGAGUUUGA